ACCGGUGACGCCAUUAGGACUCGCCCAAUCAGCAGUGACAGAAGUUCCAGGAGAUUGACGGUUGUCGGUUCUGUGCCGCUCGGUGUUCUCUCCGCCCGCAGUCAUGUCAUCACCCGCAGCUCCUAGUGAUGCUGGCAGCAGCAACAAGCGUCUCCAACAGACGCAGGCACAGGUGAACGAGGUUGUGGAUAUCAUGCGAGUCAAUGUGGACAAAGUUCUGGAGAGGGAUCAAAAGCUGACUGACUUGGAUGAUCGGGCAGAUGCACUUCAGGCUGGAGCCUCACAGUUUGAGACCAGCGCAGCUCGGCUAAAGCGAAAGUACUGGUGGAAAAACUGCAAGAUGUGGGCUAUACUGAUAGCAGUCAUUGCGGUGAUCAUCAUCAUUAUUAUCGUGUGGAGCGUGUCGACAUAAGGCCCCAGGAAUCGGAGGAAAGAAGCCGAAGUCUGUAAAAACAAGCUGCAUUUCCUGAUAUCAAAUCUGCUGUUUUCAAUAGUUAUAUAUAUAUAUAUAUAUAUAUAA